GAUCCUGGGGAGAAACCUUCAGGCUUGACCUUCAUGGCCCUCCAGCUGCCCCGGCACUGGUCCCCACCUCCUGCUGGGGCUGUUUUGGUCAGAGCCCUUCUCUUUCCUCACCCUGUUGUGGCAGGAAAGUUCAAGGCGUCCUGGCAGCAGGCAGCUCCUUUGCUCCACCCUCUGCCCUGCACGCCGGCUCUCUGAGCUUAUCGAGGGUUUGCUGGACCAGAGCUGCCGGCGACAGCGAUCUGAUUGAUCUGUGCUGCUCCUCGGGUGGGAGCUGGACCCCUGGCAUGAGGCACUUCACCCGCGAGCCCUGGGCAGCCUUCGCUGUGCUCUUCUUCACCAUCGUGCUCUGGUAUUCCUGCUCUGCAGCUGAAGAUGUCUCCAAUGUUUCAACAAGCUCCAUGCUCACAACUGAGUACGAAGCACCAUGUCUUACUCGUUUCAUUUCUUCGGCACCAGACGUGAACUUCUGCACGCAAGCGGCCAUGUGCUGCCCGACGGGCAUGGACGAUUACGGAUGGAUCGCAGCAGCCGUCGGCUGGAGCCUCUGGUUUCUGACUCUCAUCCUGCUCUGCGUGGACAAGGUCAUGAAACUCCGGCCUGACGAACCCAAGUAUUUGGUGGCCUGAAGCAGGGCAAGUCAGCAAACAGCAGCACCCAGGAGCAGCAAGGUGCAAACAGACUGACUAAGCAUUUAAAGCACUUCCUAAGAAACUAAAAAGAAAGGGAAUGUACCUUCAGCCAAAAAAAUGCCAGAUCUAAGUGGGGCAGCUGCUGGGGCUUCAUCCUCCCCAGCAGGUCAGAGCUGCCAGCCGAGGUGUGGAGCUGGCAAGUCCCUGCAAACCACCACGUAUGUCCCACAGUGCACAGAAAACCUUCUCCCGGAGCCCUUUCACGCUUGCCGCGAGUGCGCUGGCAGCAAUGAGACGCUGAAGGACCAGUUAUCAGUCUACGGCACAUUGCCUUAAGACAAUCCAGUAUAUAACCUUUGACUUUGAAACAGAAAGUGGGCAAAUAAAGCUGUUUUCUAGAGGAUCAACGUUACCAGACCCAUUGCUAAGCUAUAGGGCAGGUUACAUCAGUAAGCAGAUGUAACUCAUUGAUUACACCGAGUCCUUCUCACUCACUGAACUGCAGUGUUUCAAAGUCUAUUAACUGAUACCAGUGAAAACUCUGUUAUGGAAACUUAAGGAUUGUUUGGGCUGGUUUGAAAUUAAACCUAGUUUUCCCAGCACAGUUUAUAUGUGAACUGUUUACUAGGAAAUGAACGUUGGUUGCAUUUAUUCAGCUUGCACCUGCCCGUGUAACUAAGCCAAGCUGAACCGAGGCAAGCAGGUUUAAACCAGCAUAUCCAAUUCAUGCACAAAACUGCUCCUAUUUAUGCAAGAUGAUAAUAAACACUCUUAUUGAUGGAAA